UGGAGAGAGAGAGAGAGAGAGCGAUCUGAGAUUGAAAAGAAUGAGCAAGGAACCAGCAGGGAGGACUGCAAGAGAGAAGGGUGCAGGUGGUGUUUGGGAGAUUAGAUUUAUAAAUGAGGAAAAGUAAUCUCCUUGGUGUUACAAUUUGAGGCAGGCUUGUUCAGCUUUAGUUAUUCUAAUUGAAAACAGACAAAGCUGACACAGGAGACAGCAGACGCUGGAAUCUGGAGCGACACACAAGACGCUGGAGGAACUCAGCGGGUCAGGCAGCAUCUGUGGAGGGAAACGGACAGUCGGCGUUUCGGGUCGAGACGCCUCAUCCGGACUGGAAGAGUAGAGGGGAGAGAGCCAGUAUAAAGAGACUUCCCAGGAGACUGCAAACCCAAGAAUGAGUUUCAAGGAAAGCAGACUGUGACAUGGAGAGGGAGCAGCUGUCAGGUGCCCCUGCAGGAAUGGGAUCCCACCUUUCUGCUAGCGCCAGUCCCGGUCCAGACGGGGAGGAGGUGAGGGACACUGCAGCCAGUGUUUCUGGGGAACCACCUCUCAGGCCAACACACCAUCACACUGUCUGUGUGGAGGUCUCUGGACUUCACUCGGGGCAGAUAUUACCCUUCACUGUUCCCAAUCCAGAGGAAAUCUGGAGCUCAGAACAUGUGAAGAUGCCGUUCUCAAUUUUCAACAAGCAGACUCUGGUGGUACGUGGACAGCAUGAUCAAGGAAGAGAGGUUAAUCGUUGGGAGGUUAUAAAAGAGGCUUUGAACAGGCCUGACUUCAGAACGGUCAAGGAUUUGAAGAGCGCGAUUACACAGUACAAUCCAAAGUACACCAAGGUGUGGACGUUUAUGGGACUCUGCCAGUACCUGGACCAGAUGCACGGCAGUGAACGGCGGUAUCUGCUGGGGAAGCUUCUUCCACAGAUGGCACACCUGGCUCUGCGGCUGCCAGACUUGUGCCAGAAGCCUAUACCCCUGCUGAGGGUGGGAAUGAAGCACGCCAUCACCAUGUCCCAGGAACAGAUCGCCUGCCUGCUGGCCAACGCCUUCUUCUGCACGUUCCCUCGUCGCAAUUCCACGCACCAUCAUUCCAAGUUCUUCAACUUCCCAAACAUCAACUUCAGCAGGUUGUUUGAGGUAACUUCGCAAAGAACAUCUGAGAAACUGAAGACCAUUUUCUGCUACUUCAGCACGGUUACGGAAAAUAUGCCCAAGGGUCUGGUUACGUUUCAGAGGUGUGGCCUGGAUUCUGCAAUUGAGUGGAAGAGGUCGCAAUGUAAGGUGACCCAACUUCAUGUCACCAGUGAAGGCACCAUAGAGGACCAGGGAAGAGGCAUGUUGCAGGUGGAUUUUGCCUCCCCGAUGGUGGGAGGUGGUGUCCUGGGCCAAGGGCUUGUCCAGGAGGAAAUCCGGUUCCUCAUCAACCCAGAGCUGAUCGUGGCGAGACUCUUCACCGAGAGGCUGGAUGGGACCGAGUGCCUGGUGAUUACCGGGGCUCAGCGUUACAGUGAUUACACGGGCUACAGCGACACGUACCGAUGGGUGAGAUCCCACUGCGACUCAACUCCAAGGGACUCUUGGCUGCGCCGUUGCACAGAAAUAGUGGCCAUUGACGCCAUAAACUUCGGCAACCCCAGGCACCAGUACAAACCUCGCUACUUGGAGAGGGAGCUGACAAAGGCCUACUGUGGAUUUUCACGUCGUGUGAUACCAGACAGGCAGCGGACAGCCAUCGCCACAGGCAACUGGGGCUGUGGAGCAUACGGAGGGGACAUAAAGCUGAAAGCUCUCAUUCAGAUCAUGGCCGCAGCCCAGGCCCAGAGAGACAUGAUGUAUUUCACCUUUGGAAGUAUCGACUCGAUGACGGCCAUAUACAAAAUGCAUCAAUUCUUGCAGAAGAGAAAUGUCACUGUGGGGCAAAUUUACAACCUUCUGGAGAAAUACUCGAGAACAGAUCUUACGAGAAGCCGACAAGACCUUUACAAGUUCAUUCAGGACAAUGUGGACUGCUUAAGGGGGCGAUACUGAUACCUGGAGUGGAACAAAUACCAAAGACUGGGGAGCAAAUCUCAAUCAGAACUCCUCUCUCGAAUCAGCUGGAGAAAGUGAGAAGACAAGUUUUUGUUUUAAGUUGUGGGGAGGAGGAGAAAUGGAGAGAACGGGGAACAUCUGCCUCAUGCAUCUUAGGUUAAGAUGUGCAUGAUGAAUUCUUGGCACAGAGGACUCUCUAAUGGUUAGAGAGCUUCCAUUUGUUAUGCACUGUGCAGAAAAAGGACAAGAAAGGAAAGCAGGAAUGCUGAGCAGCAGUGACAGUUGUAAAGCAAAGUGAGGAUGGAAAUGGAGAAAGAGCUCGCCAUAAUCUGUAAAGCCACCCAUGAUGCCAAAUGAAUAAAAUGUGGUACACGAGACAGAUUUAAGGUUCUGGGCAGGAGAUUUGGCAGUGGGUAGUGAAGGUGAGGGAGAACUCUUAUGUAGCAAGUAGUUAUGGCCUGGAACUCACCACAUAUGGGGCUGGUGGAAGUGAAGACUGAAGAACGAUUCUGGAAGGAAUUUGGAUGGGCACUUGAGGGAAAUAAAUGUGCAGGGUUACACGAGCAGUGCAGAGUAAUGGGAACGGCCGGGUUGCUGGAAGCUGGCGUGGGCUCAGUGCGCAAAAUUAGACACAGCAACGAGAAGGAAAAUUUCUCUUACUCAUUUUGAUAUGCCAAAUGAAAUGCUAUUUCCAUCAGCUAAUCCAGCAGACUGACAAACCCAGUACUUCUAGCAGUCACUCAGACCAGCUGGUGCAGCCUAGAUCAGUAUCUGAUACAGUACCCUACUCCCAUCGGUUGAACAGUUUCGCCAGCAUGUGACACGUGUUACUGCUGAAAAAUUCAAUGGAUAAAUUGAUAAUAAAAUGACCGAACAUUUUCCAGUGUGUAGUAGAUUGGCACUGUGGAAUCAUUUUGGGUUGCUGUUUCCAUUUAACCAAGGGGUUAGUUUCCAAGUUGUGUGUGACCAGCUGCAAAACUAAAUGGUUUCUUUGCCUUCCAUUACACAACCAUCUCCCUGGAGCUGCAGUUAUGUUUUAAGCCCAACAAGAAAUGUAUCUCUUAACACUGCAUUUUCCUUUCUAAACUUCCAAAUUUAAAAAAACCAAUGAUUUUUCACAGAGUGCAAUGUUUUUUUCAAGGAAUAGCUCCAUUUCCAUCACCUUUUUCUUCUGCAGGUUCUUCAGUGAGUUGCCUCCAUCGAGCUCUAUGCUAUUUCCAGCAUUGCCUAUUCUAGGCCCUGUGGACCCUCUACUUCAUCAAGACCAGCCUGGUGAAAGACUCCACGGAUAUUGCAUUUGUAGCUGAGACCCUUGAUCAUACUGUAGUUUUUGAUGGUUCAUCCCCCUCCUCCCCCUCGCCCACUUUGGAAAUUCCAAGCCAACCGCCACAUUUCCGACAACUUUUUCCUCAUAAUCAUCUCAGGUGAAUCUUUAAUAUUUCAAACAGGCCACAUUCUAUUUUUAUUAUCUACUUAACCACUUUACUUGAAGGCUAGCUUCCACAUGCAGGCUAGUGGCACCUAGCUCUUUCCCCUCCGCUCACCAGGAGGUAGAACAGCCGUGGCAACAUCCUGCUGGGAUUCCAUUCAAACUUUGUACCCUCUCCCUCCACCUCAGUCAGUUCACCAGAGGAGGGACACCAAGUGCUCUGACUCCGUGGGCUUUGAACACCAUACCCUCCCCUACACCCCACCCCAGUUUUCUGCACUGUGACUUUCCAGUCUCCUCCUCUUGAUCUACAGCCAUUGAAGUUCUCACUUCUGCCUUUAAGAGUUGAAGGGGUAGAUGCUGGUAGGUUUCCUCUUGAUGGAGGAACUCGGGGGGUCAGGCAGCAUAUGUAGAGGGAAAUGGAUGGUCAACGUUUCAGGUCCCUUCAUCUGGACUGAAAGAUAGUGGGAAGAUAGCCAGUAUAAAGAGAGGAGGGGUGGGUGCGAGGGAGGGGGUGAGGCGAGAACUGGCAAGUGACGGGUGGAUGACCAGGAGGGGCGAUAGGAAGAUGGGGGAGAGGAGAGUGGGAAUAGCGACAGAGGCUGUGAGGUGAGAGGUGGAGGCAGCAAAGGGCUGCAGAUGAUGGAAUCUGAUGGGGGGGGGGAAGGUGGAGCGUGAAGCCAGAUGAGGGAGGUGGGGAGGGCGGAUGGGAGCAGUAGGGGGAGGGGAACCGGUGGGAGAUGUGUGCGGGUGAUGGACAGAUGGAGUGGGCGGAGGAGGGGAAAGAGACAGGUUUACGGAAGGGCUGGGUGAGUGUAGGAGGAACUGGGUAGAUCAGGAUGAGAGAGAAACCUGAGACGUCGACCGUCCGUUUGCCUCCACAGAUGCUGCCCGACAUGCUGAGUUCCUCCAGCAUCUUAUUUGUUGCUUCAGAGUCCAGCAUUUUGUGUCUCCUCUUGCUGAAGUUUAGAACCUGGGAACAUUGUCUCCGGUUAAGAGCUUGGCCAUUUUGGGUUGAGAUAUUUCUUUAAUCAGAGGAAUUAUCUUCUCCCAGAAAGCUAUGGAUGCUUUCAAGACUGAGUUUGAUAGAUUUUUGAACACUAAUCGGAAUCAAGGUGUAUGGUAAACGGACAAGAAAGUGGAUGAGACACAUGAUUAAUCUUGGAGACACAAGAGACAACAGAUGUUGGAAUCAAGAGUGAAAAAUGCUGUUGGAGGAACUCAGCGGGUCAGGCAGCACCUGCGGACAGUCGACAAUUGGGUUGAAACCCUUCAUCUGCACUCGCCCAAAACGUCAACUGUCCAUUUCCCUCCACAGAUGCUGCCUGACCCACUAAGUUCCUCCAGCAGUUUGUUUUUUGCACAGGAUUAGUCUUGGUGUUUUUGAAUGGCAGAGGUAAUUCUUGCUGUAAUGACUCUGCAUCUGCUUUAUCCGACAUUCAUCCAACCUCUCUUCUUGCACAAACACCCAACUGGUCCCAAACUCCCCAUCAUCUCCUGUCCCUUCCCUCCAAGUGAUGAUUUUCAAAACUGAGCAAAGGUCUCCACAGCCUUGGCCCUCUGCACUUCCUCCAGCUGAGUUUCCCAAUUCACAGACUCACUCCUUCUCCGCAACCCACAGCAAUGCCUUAAAGACUCUACCCCCAUA